AUGAAAAUUCUUCGUGUAUUACAAGAAAAUAAUAUGACUGAAUCAGUUAAAACAUUUAAAAAAGAAUAUCAAACAUUAUUUAAUAAAACAAUAACACUAACAAUAACAUCAUUAAGUGAACCUUAUUUUAAUGCACUUGAUGGUUAUAUAGCAUAUGUACAAGAACAACCUGAUUCAAGUCGACAUGAAUUUGCUCAAUUAAUAUAUCCAUUAUUUGUUCAUAUGUAUUUAGAUUUAAUUGAUAAAGAUCAAUUUGAUGAAGCACAAAGAUUUUUUAUGAUAUAUGUUAAAAAUACAAAUUUACAAGCAACAGUUUUUGCAUCACAUAAAGAUGAUCUUUAUCGUAUUAAAUUAUUAAUUACAAAAGAACAAAUAGCACAAAGUGAAUAUGUUAAAUCAUUUCGUCAUAAUGGAUGUUAUUGA